CCAACUAAUAUAUGUACAGAGAAGAGGGUAUGCAUCCAUCCAUCUCUAACCACAUAACAGAACCAUCCACUAGGUAUCAUUUUAUUCUCCCACUCCUGGUCUAAGUAGCUAUUCCCAACAGUCUCGUCCUCUCAAAGCCAUUUUAUUCUUCACCGCCAGGUAAUCUCCAGUCUCUGAUUUCAUAUAUCUAUUCCUUUCCGUUCACUCAUUCUUUCACUUACUUUUCUUCCUUUUUGGAGAUCUUAACUGGAAUAUAUAUAUAUAUAUAUAUUCGAACUCUCCUCCUUCAUCUUACCCCUCCGAAGCCUGUAUCAUAUUACUCAUUCAUCUCUUGAUCACAUCAUUUCCCCAGAGUAUCACACCUUUCUACUAUCACCCCUCCAUAUUAUCAGCGGAGAAUCUCCACAUAUUCCACAUCCUUCGUUUGGAACCCAACUCAUAACAGAAUAUACCAAAUCUUCUCCUCACCUUAGGAAAUACGGCAGAAUAUACUCAAGCCAAUCUCAUCUUCACCUUCUAGAGACUCAAGCAACAACGUCACAAUGGCUCCAGAUUUGAAUACCGUUCCUUCUUCUCCACGGCUUGAGAAAAAGUCAACCCUUCCUUUCAACACUACCAACAAUAUGCCUUCAGGUUCGAAGCCAAACAUUCUUUACAUCAUGGCAGAUCAACUGGCAGCACCUUUAUUAAAGAUGCACAAUCCUAAAUCUCAAAUUCAAACACCAAAUCUUGAUGGCCUUGCAAAAGAUGCCGUCGUCUUCGAUUCCGCAUAUUGUCCUUCACCACUGUGCGCUCCUUCUCGAAUGUCCAUGGUAACUGGUCAAUUACCUUGCAGAAUUGGUUCAUAUGAUAAUGCCAGUUCUAUCGACCCAUCCACUCCAACCUACGCACAUUACCUACGAGCAGCAGGAUAUGAAACUACAUUGGCAGGAAAGAUGCACUUUAUUGGAGAACAAUUGCAUGGCUAUGAGAGUCGAUUGACAAGUGAUAUUUACCCUGGAGAUUAUGGUUGGGCUGUCAAUUGGGAAGAUCCAGAUAAAAGAUUGGAAUGGUACCACAAUGCCAGCUCUAUCUUACAAGCUGGUAUUUGUGUGCGAAGUAAUCAAUUGGAUUAUGAUGAGGAGGUGAUGUAUAAGUCAACUCAAUUCCUUUAUGAUCAUGUCCGUAAAGGACCAGAUGCCAGACCAUUUUGCAUGACUGUAAGUUUCACAUUACCCAUUCAGUUUCAUUUUCGCUGACUUUUCAUCUCAGGUUUCCCUCACUCAUCCUCACGACCCUUAUAACAUCCAAAAGAAAUUCUGGGAUCUUUAUGAAGGUGUUGAUAUUGAUCUACCGGAGACCAAAAUUCCACAAGAAGAGUUAGAUGCACACAGCAAGCGGCUGUUGAAAGUUUGUGAUCUUUGGGGUAAAGAAUUCACGGAUGAACAAAUCAAGAGAGCUAGGCGUGCAUAUUAUGGAGCAGUCAGUUACGUUGAUGAUUGCAUUGGAAAAUUACUUCAAGUCUUGAAGGAUUGUCGACUUGAUGAAAACACAAUUAUUGUUUUCAGUGGUGAUCAUGGUGAUAUGCUUGGAGAGCGUGGCCUUUGGUAUAAGAUGUCUUAUUUUGAGGCAUCUGUACGGGUACCUCUUCUCGUUCAUUACCCAAAAUGGUUCAAUGCACACCAUGUAUCGGAAAAUGUUUCUACAUUGGAUAUUCUUCCAACAUUGGCCGAUCUUACCAAUGUUGCAUUAUGGCCAGGUCUUCCUAUGGAUGGUUCAUCCCUUCUUCCACAUCUUCAAUCACGCCCAGGUGGAUCUGAUACAGUAUUUGCGGAAUAUUGUGGUGAAGGUACCAUUUCACCAAUGAUGAUGAUUAGACGUGGAACAUGGAAAUAUAUCACAUGUCCAGCAGAUCCGGAUCAACUUUACAACCUUGCUGAUGAUCCUAAGGAAGUUGUCAACCUUGCAUCUCUCCCUGCUAAACAUCCACUUAUGACGGAAGGAACCAUCAAAUUUUUGAAAGAUUUCCAAGCUGAAGCAGCAGCUAAAUGGGAUUUUGAAAAGAUUACUAAUGAUGUUUUAAUUUCUCAACGUCAAAGACGUCUUGUUUGGAGUGCUCUUAAAGUUGGUAAAUUUACUAGCUGGGAUCAUAAUCCAAAUGAUGAUGGUCGUGAGAAAUAUAUUCGAUCACAUAUUCCACUUGAUGAUCUUGAACUUCGAGCUAGAUUUCCUCCAGUUGAUAGUCAUGGAAGAGAUUUGACUGAAGUUGGUAUAGGUGGUUUGGGUGCCAGUGGUACGGGAGGUGUGGUUUAUGGUCAAGCUGGCUCUCAUGGUCUAUGAUCUUUCUUUUAAUUUGAAGCAUUGCAUAUUAAUAUUUGAGCGGGCGUUGGAAUUUUUGAGGAAGGUAUCGCGAGCAUGAUUGUUAUAUACCAAAUUAGGUUUACGUUUUUCAUUUUUGGCUUUUAAAGUAUUAUGGCAUUGCGAGGUUUUAAGGAUAGGAUGAUGAAAUUAUGAUAUUUGACAUGGGGAUAUAUGAAUGAAGGAGCGAAAAUGGGAAACAAUUGAUAGCUUUGCAUGGAUAUUCAUUAAGGAUAAUUUACAUUAUAAAAUCCCCAUCUUCCACUUAAC